UUCUGCAGAACGCAGCUAACAAAACAGAGGAGGCAGGCAGCAAAGAGCAGAAAGUUAGACCAAAUGCAGUUCAUCUUCCGCUCUUUCCCAAACCCACUCUCUCACUCUCAAUCCCAGCUCAUCCGCCACCGCCGGACGUUCGUGGAAGACGCCACCAUCAAAUGGGUCCGAGACCGCGGCCUCGACCACGCUGUGGAGAAGGAGAAGAACCUCAGACCCUUGCUCAACCUCAAGAACUUCAUCAAAUCUGAGCCAUCCAAGUCCGUCCCUAUCUCCGUCAUCGCCCAGAACCGAGACUCCCUCCAGAUCCCGACCCGCCCCAUCGACUUCGUCCGCGGAUACCCUUCCGUUUUCGAGGAGUUCCUCCCCGGCGGCAUCCGCAUCCACCCACACGUUCGCCUCACCCCUGAGGUCCUCAACCUUGACGCCGAAGAGCAGUUGGUUUAUCAGAGCGAGACCUAUAAGCAACAGGCUGCGGACCGGGUUUUGAAGCUCCUGAUGAUAUCUAGGGCCCAUAGAAUACCGCUCAGUGUCAUCGAGCUCUUGAAAUGGGAUCUGGGUCUUCCUCAAGAUUACGAGAAAACCAUAGUCCCCGAGUUCCCGGACUAUUUUCGGAUUGUGGGUCACAGAGAUUCUGCAAAAGGGUCGGAGGAUACGCGAGCUUUGGAACUGGUUUGUUGGAGCAAUGAGCUUGCCACUUCGGUUAUGGAGAAGAAGGCGAUGAAUGGGAAAUUGGGUUACACAAAGGGAAUGGCUUUAGCAUUCCCUAUGCAAUUUUCGAGAGGAUUUGAGAUGGACAAGAAGUGGAAGAAGUGGGUGGAUGAGUGGCAGAAGUUGCCUUACAUUUCUCCUUAUGAGAAUGCGUCUCAUCUUCCGCCGAAGAGUGAUGAAUCGGAGAAGUGGGCGGUCGCGGUUUUGCACGAGUUGCUUCAUAUUCUUGUGCCAAAGAAGACGGAGAGGGAUAAUAUACUAUGCCUUGGAGAGUAUUUGGGGCUUAGGUCGAGGUUUAAGAGAGCAUUGCUGCAGGACUCGGGUAUAUUCUAUUUGUCGAGUAAGAUUGGUACCUACACUGUGGUUUUGAGAGAAGGUUAUAAAAGGGGUUUGCUAGUUGAGGAUCAUCCAUUGAUGAGCAUGAGGAAUCAGUAUAUUCACCUCAUGAAUAUGGUGAAGGAAAAUAGUAAACCGGUUAGCGUUCCAGGUGCAAGUACUCAAAAGAAAAAGCAGACGGGUCAUGAUGAAAAAGGGAAAGGAGAGGAAGAGGAGGAUAUUGAAAGUGGGGAAGAACAUGAAGGGGGCUUGUAUGAUUCUUCGGAAGCUGAGGUUGAGGAGGCUAGCGACAAUAAAUACGAACAUGAGGAUGAAAAUGAGAGUCACAGAGGUGUUAGAAGAAAUGUUUCAGAUAAUAGAGGAAGUAGAGCUUGGAAAAUGAAUUUGGAUGCGAAGGAGACUUUGAGAAAACCUGAAAGAAGAAGGGCAGGUGGAAAACAACCUGGUAAGACGAUGGAAAAAGUUCAAUCCAAAUUUUCUAAAAGAGCAAAUAUGCACGGUGGGAAUAAUGUUGGGGGAAGCUCGCCAGAGAGAUCAAGUUUACCUAAAAGCAGAGGGAGGUCAUUGCCAGACAAGAGGAUUUAUACUUCGUAAAGAUUCAGAUUAUUUGCUGCAACAACAUGUUAGCAGGCCUUUGUUGGCUUUCUGAGGAAAGUGGCAAUCAUGCAUGAUGAUUGAUGCAGCUUGAAAUAACGGGCGUCCAGAUCAAGCAAUUACUGGUGUGUUUAUUUUGAAGAAAGGCUGAUUAAUUCAUGAAAGAGGAGAAUGUUAAUUUUGGUGACUUCAGCAUAGCAAGCAGAGGUGUUAUAUGAGAAGCUGCAUUUUGGGUAAAACAGAAUUCCUGAAUACCAUAUAAAAAAAUUGAUAAAUGCUAGGUCUGCUUUGCAGGAUGUUUACAAUAGAAAGCAUGGCAACUGGGAAGUGAAUACAAAUGUGAAGGGCAUCUCACAGGAUGUUGGUUCUUUGGACAGUUAUCCCUUUUCUGCUUGAAGCUUUUUCUUUUUCUGGUAAAGCCUAGGUGGGGGAUGAAAGGUAUGUAGAUUGCUAAUAAGAAUUAUGUCUGAGCAUGUAAAAUUCAUGCAGACCUUUGGUUUUAUAUGUUGAAAACUUUAGGGUUAAAAUCCUGUUCUGCAAAUUGUCUAAAUAGAUUUCUUUUUUCGUUUUCCUUUCAGUGAAAACAGUAUAAGGAUUACAACCAUAUGAUCAACACUAGAACAACUUUAGAGAUAUGAAUAAAGUGAAAACAAACAUGUAAUCUGUGAU